UGCCAUCUGACCACCACUGUGAGCCCACCAGGCCCGCUGCCCAUGAGAGCAUGAGUGAGCAGGAGAGGGAGACAGAGGAAGGUGAGGGAGAGGGUGCUUCAGACACAACACCCAUGCUGCCCCGAAGGCUUCCUGACUGCCAGGCCUCAGCCCUGAUGUCCCCAAGGUGGGCAGGCCUGGCUGCGGGAGGCCUCGGGACCCUGCUGCUGCGAGGCCGGGCGCUGGCCGGGCUCCUGCUCCACCUGCUGCUGCCCACGACCGUGUUCCUGCUGGUGCUGCUCCCAGCAGCCGCCACCGUCUACCUGGGAUUCCUGUGCCACUCGAGGGUCCACCCGGCGCCCCGCCCCGCGUGCCGCGUGCUGCUCUCGGACCGCGGCUCGGCUGCGCUCAUCGUGCUGGGCUUCCUCUCUCUGCCUCCGCUGCUCGUGCUCGCUUCGGCUGCUCGCGCCCGCCUGGCCCGGUGCCUCCGCCCGCUGUUGCCGCCCCCGGCCUGGAGCCCCGGACCCCGCUGCCACUCAGGGUCCGGCGACGGGGGCCGGGCAGGACGCCCCACCGACGAGGAGGAGCAGCUCUGCGCCCGGGUGUGACCCCCAGAGGCCUCUCCAAAGGACCCUGAGACUUCCAGAUCCUGGGAGAUGCCGAACUCCCCCGUAACUCCCCUAAGAUGUCCCCAGGCCGGCGAGCUCGGGGUCUGCCUCCAGCUCCCGGCCAGGGAAUCGCGUGCCUGCCGCGCGGCUCGAUGCGCAGUGCUCCGAGCGGCCGCGGGAUGGCACCGGCCUGCCCCGCACUGGGUCGGGCCUUCCCCGCCCUGGAG